UAACGUCACCUCAUCAGCGUCCUUACGUUUAGUCACUGGUGAAGAUGGAGAUAUUGUGAGAGAAAGACAACAAGAGUAAAGUUAACUUCAUCACUGUGAUCAUGAUUAUUGUAAUGUUUCAGUAUAUUGUUCAAAGAAGACAGUGUGAGCUGAAAACAUUAUGAUGUAAAAACCCACUGGUAAUAGAGGGUAUGCGCGUGAAGUCACAGCACGCGGGAAGUCGUUGCAGCGGCAGCUUUAAUCAGCGACAACACAAACAACACAUCUCAAAUGGGGAAGAGCUGUUGUGCAGUUGACUGUACAAAUAGAUUUAACAAGAAGUCAGAGCUGUCUUUCUACAGACUGCCCAAAUCAAAAGAAAAGAGAAGCAAAUGGAUCGCUGCAAUUCACAGAAACAACUGGAAUCCAGGCAAAGAAACGUGGAUUUGCAGUUUUCACUUUGUGUCAGGAAAAAAGAGCGAUGAUCCCCUGCACCCUGACUAUGUGCCGAGUUUAUUCAGUUUCACCUCAGCCACUGAUCGAACUAGGGCUGCCAACAACCUGGAAAGAUAUCUUCGAUCUCAAGAAGUUUUUGAAAAAAGAAUUGUCAACAAAAGUAGAGAGCUAGCGGCCACAGCUCUUCUGAACUUGCACCAAAGUCCUGCAUCAGAGCAGGAGGUACAAGCAGAUCAAACAGAGGUACAGACUGUGGAAGUCCAAGGCACUGAGGUCCAGACAGAGGAGACACACAAUGACAUUGCUUCAUUACAUGAACAGAUUAAAUCUUUAAACAAGGAGUGUCAGUCACUGAGAGACAAAGUUCACAAACUAGAAAGCGAAUUGAAACACCGCACCCUUGAUGCUUCACAAUUUAAUGACCGCAAAAUGAAAUUUUUCACAGGACUGCCAAAUUUACAGACUUUCAUGUUAGUGUUUAGUUAUGUGUCUUCAGUUUUUCCUGCUACUGCAAAACAGUCCCUCAAACCUACUCAGGAACUACUUCUUACACUGAUGAAGCUGCGCCUCAAUCCGUCGGAGGAAUUAUUAGGCUACCUCUUUGGGAUUCAUCAGUCAACAGUAUCUAGAAUCUUUCACCGUUGGAUACAGGUAAUGGCAAGCAGGCUUCAUCCCCUGAUAUUGUGGCCGCAAAGAGAAGACUUAAGAAGCAGCUUACCGAUGUGUUUUCGGACAUUUUUUAAGAACUGUGUGAGCAUAAUUGACUGCUUUGAGUUGUUCAUAGAGCGUCCUUCAGAUUUAAAAGCUCAAGCUCAAACAUGGAGCAACUACAAACAACACAACACUAUUAAAUUUCUUAUUUCAGUCACACCACAAGGAAGCAUCUCCUUUGUGUCAAAGGCCUGGGGUGGACGUGUUACAGACAAACACCUUAUCGAGCACAGCGGGUUCCUUGACAAGCUCCUCCCUGGGGACUAGACAAGAUUGUAUUAACAUGUUGUGCUCUGUGUAAUGUGUGUGAAACCAUUGUGCCUUCAGAUUAAAUUGAACAUCAUGCACAGGGCUGGGUAAUAUGGCAAAACAUGUUAUUAAAUUUAAAAAGUACAAUGAAGUUCAUAUGAAAGCUCAUAUAAAUUGUUAUUCACAUAACCCUUGAUAUUUUGACUGUGAUACUGACAAUCUCUUAAAAAUGAGAGACUUUUGACAGUGGGAAAAUGUGUUUUGUAAAUAUUUAUUCUAUAUAAAGUAUUUUCACAGUAAGGUUUAGUAGUUUCACAUUUUUUGGUAUUUUCAUAUUUUUACAAAAGGAGACAAAAAAAUGCUGCGCAAACAUCCCUGUAAUGCUCUGAUAAAGACUGUUUGACUAAAAUGUUUGUAAAAGCAAGCCUGAAAGUACUAUACUACCUGUACUACCUGAUUUUUGUGUCCUUUUACAUGAAUAAAAAUAAUUACACCAUAAAUUGGUGCAGAAACUUUCACCAUAAUACAGGAAAUGAAGUGUUUAAUGAUCAAAAUGUCCUGGGGGAGGUCCCCCCAGACUCCCCGCUCAUAUUGAGGAUAUCUUUAAAACACUACAGAUCUUUUUGUCUCGUUCUUGUGAACCUAAUAUCGCAUAUCAUGAUGAAGUGUCUCUUCACACCCCUAAUCUGAGCCCCUCUGUCCCCACCACUUUUUAACACAAAGUGACGCCCUUGCCCGAGAUGAAGGCCUAAUCAGCAGCAGUUCUACAGAUGUUGCACCAAGUUUCAGUACUGCAUUUCGUGUAAACCAUUUUCCCAGCAGUUCUGGCAACACACCAUAUUUGAAAAAUGUUGUUGCCUUCAUAACAUGUCUUUCAAAAUUGGAAUCUGGAGUUAUUCUCUCAAUAAAUAAUUCCAAAGGUGUCCACACACAAAAGUCGCAGUAUGGGGAUUUUGUAACAUGAAUCUGGCACUGUACUUGAAAGUAAUAGUUGUGUUGUCUGUUAAGUUCCAGUGUCACAUCGGAGGAACGGGAUGCAACCAAGCAGAAGUCUUUUUCUUUCGACAGUUCUAACAGUGUCUUGUCUUUUGCCAAGUAGGGGCAUUUGAUUUCCAAGCACCCAGAGCCACAGCAGUCAUAAGACACCUUCCCGUCAGGUGAUGCACCAAGAUGAGGGUAUUGCGUAGAAAUGUAGAGCCCAGUGGGGGUUACAUUAAAAUAAUAAUCACUUGUUUUACUCCCAGUUUUGCUGUUUCCACUGAUUAACGCAGGCAUGUUACAGGUGUUUUGCCACUCAGUCCAUCUGGUGGGGGAGUGUUCAGGAGGGGAAGUUACGUCAACGCAUACCCUCUAUAACAGACAGUCACUUCAGCAGCUUCACCUUGUUUUUGACCUGAUUUGUACUGUUGACAGUAAUAACAACCAACAUCCUUGACUGUGACCUUCUUUAUGACCAGAGAACAGUUCUCUGUAACACUCAGUCUGUCUGAUUAGCUUUGGUGUUUUCACCAAUCUGUCCAUGUUCAAUCAACCCAUACAGUAUUUUCACAUUUUUUCUGACCGUCUAUCACAAUUGAUACAGUGAAGGAGAGGGGAAGUUUU